GUGUUGUCGUACGUGGUGGAAAUGAAAAGCAGCUGUUGAGUUGCGGUGGCGGGAAGCGGGAGCGGCUGGUCAGGCUCCACAUGUAAACACGCAACCAUUAUAUUAUUUUUACACCAUAAUGCUUCCAAUCCGAAAGGAUUUAUUCAGAUGUGGUGAGGGACGAAUGGUAUUUCGAAUCUGGGAUUGUGACAAUGAUUCUGAUAUGUCUGACUUCAUCGAGAGAGGGGGAGGUUUGGCCAUCAGAUCUGAAGACUACUCUUACGACGGUGAUGGUGGUCCUUACACCGUUAGUCUUGUAAAUCCGUCAAGAAAUCUAAACGAUUGCACAUCUCGAGAUGCGUUUAGUUCGGAAUUCAUUUUAAUGUGCUGUCUCAAAAGCACAAUUCUUCCUCUCAAAAACUAUUGGCUAAAGAAGUCAGGGCGGUUCAGUGAUAGUUUUGAUCCGCAAGAUGUUCUUCUGCAGAAGAUCUCAUGGUUUGAUGCGGAAAGCCUCUUUUCCAAUCCUCAAUUUACCAAAAAUUUAAGACGUUCUGAUUCGUCUUUGGAUCAAUUAAAUGUGCAACCAACUGUUAAACUUGAAAGAAUAACGCAGUCAGCAGUCAGGACUCCACCCCUAUUCAGUGAAGAUGAACUAAGCCAGAGCCAGAACACAAAAUCAGGUGUUAUUCCAAUUAAUGGGCUUGUCCCAAUAAUUAAACUAGAAAGAAUUGAUGAAUCUGAAAUUUUGGAGCAAUGUUUUCAGCUGUGGAGAAGUAAUAAGGAAGCCCCUGCAGGAUUGAAGAAGAAACCACUGACUGAAAAUCCAACUUUUGUGAUUCUGACUUCAAGUGAAGAUGAGUGUGAAGUAGAGACCAAGAGACGUGUUUCAAAGCCAAGGAUUCAGAAAAGAAAAUUUCAUAAAAUUGAUAUUACUGACAAUGGGAGUAGUGAUAGUGAAACAUCUCAAUCUGAGGAACCUAAAAGGCUGACACCUAGGAAAGAAUUGAAAGAAACUAGUGCUUCAAUAGGGAAUCAAGAUAAAAAACAUGUUCGUAGACUCUCCUUGAAAAGACCUUCGGUUUCUUCAUCUUCUAGUUCACCAAAUAAGCCACUACUUGGCAAAUCCAAACCAAAGUUGGUAGUGAAAGAAAAUUGCGAAAACAGCCUUGGGACUCAAGAUAGAAGUCCCCGAAAAAAUGGUCCUCAUCAAGGUAAUGAUGAAGGAAAUGUCAACAUCCUUGAAGCUUUUCCAGGUGAAGGAAAAACACCCUUAACAAACAAUUCAAAAUCAUACCUCUGGCCCCAAAAUUUUUCUUCUGAGACAAUUAAAUUUGUGGUAGGUGAAGCAACUAAUAUUGAAGUAGAAGAGUCCUCUAAUGAAGGAGACAACCUUUGUCUGCAACUUGAAUCUAGUCAUUCUGAGUCUGAAGAAGUGGAAGAUAUUACCAAAUCAGAAAAAGACUUCUCUGUCCAGUGUGAUUUUGAAGAACCACUAUGUGAAAAUGUCGGUGUCCAAACGAUACAAGUGAAAAUUGUUUCUAUUGAUAAAGAUUCUGCAGAAUCUUUACCAAGUCCAAUAGCUGGCAAUAUGUUUGAAGAAUCUUCUCAAAGUCCAAAAGCUAGCAACAGUUUUGAAGAAUCUUCCCCAAGUCCAAAGCCUGGCAACAUCUUUGCAGAAUCUUCCUCAAGACCUAAAGCUGGCAAUAUUUCUACAGAACCUGUCCCAAGUCCAAAACCUGGUAAUCUAGGAAAAACCUUAGUUAACCAAAUAAUUUCUUUGUCAAAGAACAAGUCUGACUUAGUUUGUCAAACAGACUUUAUUGAGCCAGUUUUUUGUGAUAAAGUAUGCCAGACAAUGGCUGUGUUAGUUCAACCUAUUCCUUUGAAAGAUUGUAUGGUUUCUCUUGAAGCUCAUGAUUCAAAUGAGACCUCAGAGGAAGAUAAUGCAAUUCUUCCCUAUAAAACCAAGUCUAGACUCUCUAUUGACUUGUCAUCUCCCGAAAACUGUAGACUUGGAUCUAAAGAUGACCAGCCAGUUGCAACUCCAGAGAAAAUGCAUGGAUUUCCUCCAAUCAUGCAGUUGAAUGGGCUUGAAAUAUCUCCUGCCAAAGAUGUCACCAAAAGACAAAAUUUAGUGCUUUUGAAUUGUUCUUCUGAAGAAAAUGAAGCUCAGGAACGGGUAAAUGAACCACAAACUCCAGAAAUCAUUAUGUUAUCUAGUGAUUCUUCUGGCAGAGUCUCUCCUGGUAACAACAACUUGCAGCAACAUUCUCCCUUGAAGCAGCCCAAGAAGAGUCCUAAAAAAUUAGAUACAAGUUCCUCUGAGAGGACUACGCGGUCUUCCUUACGUAAAGAGACUCGUUCUUACAGAAGUUCCCGUAAGAAAUAGUCAGCAGAGAUAGCUUGACUGCUUUGGAGAUAACCUCUCAGUACAAAUCAUUGCAGCAGGUACAAUGUCGCAAAUACUUUUAUUUUUAUCUAUCUCAAAAAUGGGAAACUGUUACAGAGAAACUAAAUUUUGUUUUUAACUAUGUGCUCGUAUUUUAUUCAGUCAUUUUUGUUUGUUUUGUUAAAAAGAUACAUAUCUAUUUCUUUUGGCUUAUUUUAAUUUUAGUGUAUGAAUUUUGUACUGUACAAUUUUCACAAGUAUGACUAUUAGGUAUCAUAUGAAAUAUGUAUGAUGUUGAUAUUAGCAGUGGAUGAUAGUUUUGAGGGACCUAAUGCAAGUGUUCUGUUUUCAGCUACAGACUUUUAUUCUCUUUAAUUACAAGUAUUAAUUUUAACAGAAGUGACGUUGUUCAUUGAUCUAAAGUAUUCUAUCUAAUGUAGAUUUUGUUGUUACAUGAUAAACUCAAAAAAACACUGAUUAAUAUUCUUUCUACAAAUUGUA